AUGGCGGAGUUGGACGUCGGGCAGCACUGCCAAGUGGAGCAUUGCCGGCAACGAGAUUUUCUUCCAUUUGUGUGUGAUGGUUGCUCAGGAAUAUUUUGCCUUGAACACAGAAGCCGAGAGUCACAUGGCUGUUCCGAAGUAAAUAUAAUCCAUGAGAGACUGAAGACAGAUAUGCAUACAUCUUACCCAUGCUCCUUCAAGGACUGUACUGAAAAAGAGCUUGUACCAGUCAGAUGUCCAUAUUGUGAGAAGAAUUUUUGCCUGAGACACCGCCAUCAGUCAGAUCAUGAAUGUGAAAAACUGGAAAUCUCUAAGCCUCGGAUGGCUGCUACUCAGAAACUUGUUCAAAAUAUCAUUGAUUCCAAGGCAGGAGAGACAGUGAGCAAACGGCGAAAAGGUGCCAAAAAUAGUGAAACAGCUGCAAAGGUUGCACUGAUGAAGUUAAAGCUGCAUGCUCAUGGCGAUAAAUCAUUGCCACAGACAGAAAGGAUUUACUUUCAGGUUUUCUUGCCCAAGGGUAGCAAGGAGAAGAGUAAACCAAUGUUUUUCUGCCUCCGAUGGAGCAUUGGGAAAGCCAUAGACUUUGCAGCUACUUUAGCCAGCCUUAAAAAUGACAAUAACAAAUCCACAGCUAAGAAAUUAAGGUUAUGUCAUGUUACUUCCGGAGAAGCCUUACCCCUGGACAGUGUUUUGGAAACAUGGAUUGCUAAGGAGGAGUGUCCAUUAUAUAAUGGUGGCAAUAUUAUUUUGGAAUAUCUUAAUGAUGAAGAACAGUUUUUAAAAAAUAUUGACUCUUAUUUGGAAUAGUAGUUCAAGGAAUCACAAGGACAAUUCUAUGCAUGCAUUUAAGUCUACUUUUAAGUGACAAAUAUCAUGUAGUUUACUUAUUUUUUCAUUUGCUUUUUAAUAUAUUUCCAUUUUGUCAUAAUUUAUAUGGUGACAGUAUCUUUUAGAAGAAAUUAAUGCCAGACUGAUCCCAGAUAGUUGGAAAUUAAAGAUGUCCCACAUGUC